AUUUACCAACUUUGGCAAACUUUCUCUUCAGCUGCCACACCCGUUAAUGGAUCUCUGAUCUGGACCAGCAAUACGGAAAGCACCUUCAUCAAUGGAGAGCUCUCACUAACCAACAAUGAGGUGCACAUCAAACAGACGGGUCUUUACUUUGUCUACACCCAGGCUACAUUUGACAUUGUAGCCUGUCUUAAGGGUAAACCCAUCCUCCUCUCCCACGCUGUGAUCCUAAAUUCCACACGGCAGGGAGCCAUAAUACAACUCCUCCAUGCACAGAAGACCGUCUGCGAAGAGAAAAAUGCAGGGAAGCCCAAAAAUGCCGUUGUAACCCUUGGAUGGAGGAAGUCCAUCUUCCAAGGAGGGGUGUUCCAGCUGGAACACGGAGAUGUGCUCUACACCCACACCUCAGAAAUGAACUACCUACUGGGCCAGAAUGGAGCCACCUACUUCGGCUUGUAUGCUUUGUAACUGGCGAGGAUUUCCAGGGCAAAUGUGCUAAAAUCAGAGAGUUCCCUUAGUUUGCUUUCAAGUGGGCAAAAUCCCAAAAAUAUAUGAUGCAGUCUGUCAAUAGCAAAACAGCAGUUUUGCAUUUCUGAUUGCCACAUGCAACAUAAAUAGUUUUAACUGCUUAUACUGCCAGUAGAUCUGUUAAUCUCAUGCUUUCUUUACC